AAGGGUAGAGGAAUUAGGGUUUCCUGUUUUAACCCGCUUGAAGAUGACGUCUUAUGGAGACAAACUGAAGUCGACCUCCAUUAAUGGAGUUAAGUUAUACCAUGUUUCUUCUGCACCCAAUGUUGCGACUUGGCUUAAUCCUAAGAAGCAACGAGCUCUCCGAAAAAACCCUCAUUAUAUGCAAAGAGUGGAGCUGAUUCAGGAGUUGAAGUUUGAGACUGCCACUACUAGAAUCAAAGCGACUCCAGACGGAGAGUAUCUGAUUGCUUCAGGCAUAUAUCCACCACAGGUCAAAGUUUAUGAGCUAGGUCAGCUUGCUCUGAAGUUUGAGAGGCAUUUGGACUCGGAGAUAGUUGAUUUCGAGAUAUUGGAUGAUGACUUCUCAAAGCUUGCCUUCUUAUGUGCUGAUCGUUCUAUUCAACUACACGCCAAAUACGGGAAACACCACACUUUACGAAUUCCAAGGAUGGGGAGAGAUAUGACAUAUGAUCCCUGGUCUUGUGAUCUUCUUUGCGCUGCUUCCUCACCUGAUCUAUACAGAAUCAAUUUGGAGCAGGGAAGAUUUCUCUCUCCUCUCAGCACUCAAUCCCCAGCCCUUAAUGUUGUUUCUCGAAGUAACCUCCAUGGAUUAGUUGCUUGUGGUGGUGAGGAUGGUGCUGUGGAAUUUUUUGAUAUGAGAAUGAAAUCAUCUGCUUCUAGAAUUAACGCGGUCACACAUGGUGGUGAUGCUGCUGCGGAGGUUACUGCUAUCGAGUUUGAUGACAGUGAAGGUCUUCAAGUAGCUGUCGGGAGUAGUGCGGGAAAGGUAUUCAUAUACGACUUGCGUACUUCAACUCCCAUAAGAGUGAAGGAUCACAUGUACGAGAGCCCGAUUUUGAGUAUAAAGUGGCAACGAACUCUUAAUACUCAACAACCUAAGUUGAUUACUACCGACAAGCACAUUGUUAGAAUAUGGGAUCCAAACACGGGAGAAGGUAUGACCAGCAUUGAACCGACUCAAGGAGGAAUAAACGACAUUUGUGUGUUCCGUGGAAGCGGACUUAUGCUUCUUGCUUUAGACUCUAGCCUAAUCCCAUCUUACUUCAUACCUGAACUCGGUCCUGCCCCCAAAUGGUGUUCUCCUCUUGAAAAUCUAACGGAAGAGUUGGAGGAAAGUGGACAGACAACUAUUUAUGAUAAUUACAAAUUCGUGACAAAGGAAGAUCUGGAGAAGUUGCAGCUAACUCAUUUGAUUGGAACAGAUCUUUUGAAAGCACAAAUGCAUGGAUAUUUUAUGAAUCACCAUUUGUACAAAAAGGCUUUAGCAGUGGCUGAACCUUUUGCAUAUGAUGCUUACUUAGAACGUAAGAAGCAAGAGAAGUUAGAAGCGAACCGUACACAGAGAAUCACAAAGAAGAGAAGGUUGCCAAAGGUUAACAGAGAACUCGCAGCAAGGCUUCAUGGGGACGAUUCAGAUGAGGAGAAUAAAACUGCCGAGGAUGAGGAGGCCGCCAAGAAAGUGUCGAAAAAGAAGAAACCGAUACUUAGUGGCGAGAAUUUCGCAGAUGGUCGGUUUAGUUCGAUGUUCCAAAAUCCGGACUACCAAAUCGAUCCAGAAUCAUAUGAAUAUGGUGUCCUACACCCUGUUGCUUCUUCGAAGAAGCAACCUUCUUUGUUAGAUGAACACUUUGAAGCUGUAUCGGAUGAUGACGAGAACAGUGAUUCUGAUGCAUCACUGUCUUCAGAUGGCGAGGCCGACGAUGGAGACGCAACUAGGCCAAGCAAGAAAGCAAGAACUCCGAAGUUGUUUGAAGUGAAAGAUGAGCGGCAUGCCGCAGCUUUUUACAACCGCACUUCACUGGCUAAAGAAGAUAGUCUUCCUAUGGGCGAGCGUGUCAAGGCUAUAGAGAACCGGCGUGGCAACUUUGGAGGCUCGAAAGAUAUCAAAUUCGGUCCUGGAGGAUCUCGGGAGAUUUCUUUCAAGGCGAGAAGCUCAUCGAAAUACAAAGAAGACAGAGGAGAUAGAGACGAUGAGGAUGAAGAUGGGCAAAGAAACAGGAGGAGAGGAGUUCAGUCUCUUGGACUAAAAUCAGAUAAUAUUAGAGGCGGUUUCAGGGGUAGAGGAGGCGGUGGUUUUAGAGGGAGAGGAGGCGGUGGUUCACGGGGAAGAGGAGGUGGCGGUGGUUCCCGGGGAAGAGGUGGCCGUGGUGGUGGACGUGGAAGAGGCCGGCGAUAAUCAAUGUAGCUUUCAGUGGAUUUAUUAGUUUUGGAAAAUGUGUCACCUACUAUUGAGAAUCUUU